UGUUAUUUGGCAUCUGUGCUCAUUCCUACUCACAUGCAAAACAAAACAAAAUAAUGGAUAAAAGAUGGAGUCUUCAAGGCAUGACUGCUCUUGUAACUGGUGGAGCCAGCGGAAUCGGGCAUGCCAUAGUAGAAGAGCUAGCUAGUUUUGGAGCUAUAAUCCAUGUAUGUGACAUAUCCGAAACACUGCUCAAUAAAAGUUUAAGCAUAUGGGAAAAGAAAGGGUUUCAAGUGAGCAGUUCAAUAUGUGAUGUAUCCUCUCGUCCCGAAAGAGAAACACUGAUGCAAACCGUCUCAAAGAUGUUCGAUGGCAAGCUGAGCAUUCUUGUGAAUAACGUUGGGGGAAUUCGCCUUAAACCAACAACAGAAUAUGUGGCAGAAGAUUUCUCGUUCCAUAUUUCAACAAACUUGGAAUCUGCUUAUCAUCUUAGCCAGCUUUCACAUCCUCUUUUAAAGGCUUCUGGAUAUGGAAGCAUUGUUAUGAAUUCUUCUGUUGGAGGGGUUGUAUCUAUGGAAUGCGGAUCCCUCUAUGGUUUAUCGAAAGGAGCUAUGAAUCAACUAGCAAGAAGUUUGGCGUGUGAGUGGGCAACUGAUGGCAUAAGAACCAACUCUGUUGCUCCUAAUUUUAUCCUCACUGAUAUGACUGCACCUGUUCUCGGAGACAUUUGUUACAGGAAGAGUUUGUUUAGUAGAACUCCACUUGGUCGCGCUGGAGAGCCAAAAGAGGUUGCAUCACUUGUGGCUUUUCUUUGUCUACCUGCAGCUUCAUAUAUUACUGGUCAGACCAUUUGUGUUGAUGGAGGUCUCACUGUCAAUGGUUUCUCCUAUCAGCCUAAGCCUUGAGCCAUACUGGGUGUGUGUCUGAAAAAUUUGUCUGUGCAAAUAAGAAGAAAGUGAUCCUUCUGUAGGAACAUUAUCUCAUUUUCCAUUUCCACAAGUUAAGGAAUCGAUGAUUCUUUUUACUUUGUUUCCUAUAUAUACAUAUAUAAACCAUAAAAUAAUAAUGAAUAAAGACAGGAUAACUUUGUUUU